AGCUCGCGCGGAUGACACGUACGAAACUAUCGCGUACAGAACGCGUCCGGUGCGGAUAUCAGGCGGGUGGAUGAGGAAGACGUGGAGGGAGGAAAGAAGUUCUCGGAAGCGUCAGGAGUCAGUCUUCACCCUUUUCGCUGUAUCCGGAAUGCGGUGCAGCUGUGACAUCUCGCACCCCGAGAAGAUCGCCCAAGAAGCUCGUCAUCUUAAACCUGUGCACGGUAGUGACGGCUUCUCGUCAUGAAACUUGGAUAACAUACGGUGCUGACCAUAUCGAAGAACCAGUGACAGCUAAACGUACCGAAGUUCCAUCGUUCUUCGGCCUCUGGCCGAAGUGACAAAUGUUCAAUGUCCGGUCAAACGAGAUCGAUUGAGCGUACAAGUGACAUGGACUAAUUUAUAGCUUUUGACCUGGACUAAUUUAUUGGAAAGUGUCGGAAGUCGUAUUACUAUAUAGCUAUACUUAACGCGAAAUGCGCCAUCGUUCUUGAUAAUGAAUUCAAUCAGAAGAACGUGAAUUUAAUCAGAAAAAUUCAAUCUACUGGUAAGGGAGAGUGAUAUUAAAAUACUUAGACAAUUUUGAAAGAAGAUCGGCGAUCGGUGAAAUAAAAGCAAAAGUGAAGCUUGUCAAGGGAUUUGAGAGUCUGAGUUGAAAUUUGCGAAGAAAUUGUUUGCCUAGAACAACUAGGUGCCUCAAAAUAGAAAAAGAAAAGACGAAGACGUUUUGAAAAAAAUUUCAUCGUCAUUUCAAAAACUCUUAUUGAUGUGUGAUUCCCAAGUGUCUAGUGUCAUUCAAAAUAAAACUCUUUUAAAAAGGAUUUUUAAAACGAGUUUUUAGCAACUCGAAGACUCUUUUUCCGUGUUCAAGGUUCUAACAAAAAGACACCAUGUUGGAAUUCUAUCCUCCGGCACCUGGUUCUUUCAAUCGUCAAAGUGAACCCGGUCAGCCUUUGCCGACGGCGACGGUUCCACCUAUGCCUUUCCGGCCUACAUCCGAUAAUAAUAACGCAGAGCCGUCCGUUUCCGUAAAGACGGAAUCCGGUCUUCUGGAGACGAUUUGCGCCGGCUGCGGCCGCACCAUCGCCGACAAGUACGUGAUGAGGGUGGCCGAGAGGAAUUACCACGAGGAGUGCCUCUCGUGCACGGUAUGCGGCGCGAUGCUGUCGCACUCGUGCUUCAUACGCGACCUCAAGCUCUACUGCCGUUCCGAUUACGAGAGGAUCUUCGGGGUGAAGUGCGCGCGUUGCAUGGAGAAGAUCAGCUGCUCGGAUCUGGUGAUGCGGCCGGUGUCCGGCCUGGUGUUCCACGUGGAGUGCUUCGCGUGUUGCAUGUGCGGCCAGCCGUUGCCGAGGGGCGCCCACUAUAUCCUCCGACAGGGCCAGCCGAUCUGCAGACGGGACUUUGAGCACGAAUUAUUUCUAAAUAGUCCGCAAGAUGACGACUUAUUGGACGAGAAUCGACCACGAGACGGCCGUCGAGGUCCAAAACGGCCGCGGACGAUACUCACGUCGGCCCAACGACGUCAAUUCAAAGCGUCUUUCGAGGUGUCCCCGAAACCCUGCAGGAAGGUGCGAGAGGCCCUCGCCAAGGAUACUGGUCUCAGCGUGCGCGUGGUCCAAGUCUGGUUCCAGAAUCAGCGAGCAAAGAUGAAGAAGCUUCAGCGAAAGGCCAAAACCGAGCCGGGAUCCGACAAAGAACCGAAAGAGGAGCGAAGGACGGAAAGUCCGCAUAGCGAUCACAGUCAUUACUUGAACGCCCUGAACAUGCGCGAUGGGGAAUCUUCUAGCUUCCCCUCAGCCACCCAACCGCUCAACCCCAAUAACCCGUACUCGCCCGACGACGCAUAUCCAGGGCAUUCGGGGGAGAGCUUCUGCAGCAGCGACUUGUCUCUAGAUGGGACAGACGGCGGCUUUGACAUCGGCGAAAACGACGGAGGCGGUGCGGACGGCAGUCACCAGGGUGCUUCGCAUUCCCAUCACGGCUCAUCAUCGCACGACACCCCGUCGCUGUCGCAAAGCCUGCACGCGGCUAUUCACAAUCCGAUCGACAAACUGUUCAUGAUGCAGAGUAGUUAUUUCAGUGGUGAUCACGCGUAAUCCAAAUUUUCCUUUCCUCGAUCUCGCGUCGCUUAUUUCGCCCUCCUCAUCGUCCCCAUCCUCCCUUUUCUGUAUCUCUCCCUCGCGUGUCGUGUCAAUCGGCUUUGUUGCGUCAACGAAGGAGUCGACAUUGCAUUUCAUUCCUGUAUCCAGGUGAUCGCGACGAGAUAAAAAUAGAUAUUUUUCGUUAUCCACGCGACUUGUCAUUAAUCCAUUUCUAGUCAACAUCUUGUACAUUUUAUUUUUCUACUUGAUAUGCAAAAUAUUUCUAAAUUUCUUUAAAAAUUUCGUGAUGUGUGUUGACG